AGGCUGGGUCCAAAAAAGCGAAUAGGCCCGUGAGGAUGAAUCUUUGGGGCUGCCAAAUAUGGAGACUUAUUGCCAACUGGGAGCGUCAAUAAGCAAUGAAGCGUAUACAUUAGAGGUAAUAAAGUAUUCAGAAAAAAAUACACUGAUCACAUUUGCAAUUUCCCCACACAGAGCGGCCUACCGGCCCUUGGAAUAGAGCGGCCCAGCGGGGCAUUUCUCCUGCGGAUUGCUGCCCUACGGCCAGUCCAUAGCCUGACCACUGCCAACGCAGCAGCAACAUUGCCAGAAGCACGUGGCUCUUUGAGCAGAGUCACGGCUGUUUGCAGGGCAAACACGCGCGGCCGCUGUUUGUUUGAUGAAGAAUCUCACUAAACACACAGACGAGACAAUGAUUAACAACGCCGAGACGAGAUACCCCGGCGCCCUCACUCGGAGCGGAGCCCACACACACGCAGAGCGACCGCGGGUACGACGACGACGCGCCCCGUCUCGCCGUCAGCGCCUCGUCGCCACCGCAGCGUCGACCCUCCCCGGAGUGCCAAGGCAGUCAUCGUCUUCGUCGUCGCUGCCGUACAGCGCAGCCACCCGCCAGGGCAACACAUGGCCCCGACCGGGGGCUGGGCGGGCACCGUGGGGGGCCUUGCCGGCGGAGGGCCCCCCCCCAUCCUCGGGUGGCUGCUGCUGCUGCUGCUCGCCGCGGGUCCGGCCGCCAGCCAGCUCAUGGCGGCCGCGGCUGAGAGCGAGGAGGCCCCAGAAGCCAAGUGCAAGCGGCCUCCGGUUUGGUCGUUAGGUGGUGGCGGCGCAAUGCCAAUGAGGGAGCGGCUGGGCAGCGUGGUGGUGCUGGCGCUGCUCAAGGCCAGCUGAUACUUCUGCUUGAAGCAGGCACGGAGCCUGAAGGAGCUGCGGGCCCACCUGUGGAAGGAGGGCCUGCGGGGCAUCCACUACCUCAUCGUCAACGACAACAGCUCCGCCUCGCUGGCGCGCUACGAGCAUCUGAAGGCCCAGGUGCCACCCGCCAUCCCCGUGCUGCAACACGCGCCCAACGACACGGACGUGUGGAGCACGCUCGGUGGCACCAAGGACGACUUCUUCAUCUACGACCGAUGUGGCCGGCUCGUGGCCAAGGUGGGGCUGCCCUUGAGCAUCCUGGCCUUCCCGUACGUGGAUGAGGCUGUGCGGCGCGCGUACUUCACGCUGGACGUGUGCGGGCCAUGCAACGAGACGAUGAAAUACAACACGACGGUGAAUGGCAGCGCGCCAUGGGAGGAGGAUCUGGAAGCGGCACAGAACGGCAAGGCGGCGGCAGCGCCCACCGCAGCCCCACUACCGCUGGGCGGCACGCGGGUGCUGCUGCUGCCCAACCUGCAGGGUCAACGCUCAAACUCCAGGCAGCAGCAGCACAGCCUGCAUCACCACCACAUGCCGGAUGAAAAACCAGAUCCGGAUAAAUUAAUUCUGGAUUAGCACUUAGCAUUCCACUCACCGGCUCACUCACAAGCUCUCUCAACCCCACCCACUAUUUCGCUGACCGAUGCAUUAAAUUAGCCACCUCUCUCACUCGUUAAACUUAGCAAAUCAUCAACCUACUAUUAGACUCACACAAGUUAAUGAACUCGCUCACACCCACCAAUUCAGACUUACCCACCAAUUGACUGAGCCUUUCACUCAUCGACUCACUCCCUUGCCAACCAAUUCACAACUCUCACCGACUUACCCACUUAUUUGCUUGUAACAUUAGUCUUUAGUCUCCACCUGCUUCUGGGACUCUUUAAGACCUUGAAGCUACAAGGCCCUAACGGUAAAGUGCAAGGCAGGGUUGAUUAAGAUGAGACGUGGGUGUACGAACGCACCUAUUCUGCAGUGGAUCCGCGUUGAGUUUUAAUGCGCAGGUUCAAACACGUCCAGAAACUCUUAAUGCCACAGCCAAGCCGCACCGUGCGCAAUCACGGAACAAACAUAGAACUGUGACGAGCAGGGACACGCGCGCGCCAUCACCGGUAAUGGUCGGCAGCUUCGUUGAAGUGGCUUCGCAAAAAACGGGGUGCUGGUGUUCUCACGGGGUCGACCGAGGAACGCUCGGGUCGCUGAGUUCCUUCCCGCUCGUUGCUUCGAUGACGACUGCAGCCAAACCCAGUCUCCUGGAGGCUGCAGCCUGAAGCUUGCAAAGGCAACUUGUUUCGGGGGAAGGGCAGCCGACACCCGCAUCUGCCGACGAGCCCUCCGCGCUUCGCGUGCCGUGUUCAUGAAGGAGCUUGUGGGUAAAAAGCCACCACUCGCCCAGAGGCAGCCACAGUUGCGUCCGCGGGGAUCGUGCGGGGCGAGGCAGAGGAGAAAGCGGCGUCCGAGAGCGACGCUCGUUAAUCCCCGGGUGAGAUGGAAGCCCCCAUGCAAAUAAAGCUACCGCGAAUGAACGAGGCCUUGCGUCCCCAUUGCAAUGGCAUUGCGGCGCACGUCACUUACGAGCGCCGCUCUGGCCACACCGCUAGCGCAGUGAUAGGGUCCAUAUCACCUUUUCCACCGUCGACCAAAGCCUGCCAAGAUAUCUCAGUCAGUCUAAGCCUGUCAAUAUUGUGCACUAUACCAUCGUGAAGCUUUACACAGAGUAAUGGUACCAGAUCUCUGUGCGAAUCAAUUACUGCCACCCAAACAAAGGCUCACAUUCCCGCACUGUCUGGGUCGAACGCGGACAGGUGGCAACCGUGGAGGGGAUGGGUAAUCAUUGUGUGGGAGUCGAUGAGUGGGUGCGUGAAUGGGUGAGUGAACGAGUGACUGGGUGCAUGAGAGGGAUAGGGUUGCCACUUUUCCCCACAGGCAUUUCUCAGUCGGCCUUGGUCUGUUAUCCUGCAAUAGAGUUCAGUGCAAUACCGGUACCAGAUCUCAGUACACAUCGAGUCCUGCCACCCAACCCAGAUGCCAAUUCCCAGACAGGCGGCAACUGGACUCGCGAGCGCCCACGUUCCAGAGGGAGUGGCGACCCAACGCCGCUGCCUUGUGGGAGAAACCGCAAGGCGCAAGGGGCGAGUCGACUCCUGACAGAUUUACCGAACCUACGCUCGCUCGCCGCUCGGCACACAAAUCCGCAAUGCUGGCACCGUGUGCUCUCUAGAACACACAUGCCGAGACGUCUCAAACACAUGCCUGGAACUGUAUAAGACGGAUGAGUAGUUUACUACACGCACAGCUUGUACUCUAGAACACAAAGUCUCAACCUCUUGCACUGCACGGGACUCACAUAAGCUUGCUCAAUUCUUCUUAGGACACCAAACCAAAAUAAUCAUUUUUAUUUUACCAGGUAAGGCCCUCUGAGCUAUAAAGCUCUUUUUCAGAAGCGAUAUCAUGUGGAAAUGUAUAGCAGCCAAGUACUCGAAACGCGUGAUGUUAAUUCCGAAUGUGGAUC